AUGACGCUCAGGGCAGCCGCGCAGAGCCGCGCGGCUCGGCGGGAGCGGAGCGCGCCGCGCGCCUCGCAACUUUGUCCCAAGCUUGGAGCGGGGACCCCGGAGUGCAGGGGCGGGGAGCUCCCGCUGCGGGAGCGCGGCGACGGCGCUCCUCCUUUCUCCUCCACGUCACGGGGGCCGCUCGGCGCUCUCCCACCCCCGGCCGAGGGAAAGCAACUCCCUAGCAGGGCGCGCCGCCGAGUUGGCGAAAGGGGAGGAGGCGGGAGCGAGCCGCCGCCGCCGCCGCCGCCGCAGAGGGGCUGGGAGCCCGGAGCGCAGCUCGCGGCCCCCUCCCGGACGGCCUCUGCAGCCGCGGGGACCCCGCGUCCGGGGCUCCCCUGCUCCCUUUCAAUGAAGACAUUCAAAUGCUGUUUUAAAUACCCAGCACAGCAGAAAGUUUUCGUCUUAUUUUUAACUCUAUGGCUGUUCUCCCUGUUGAAGCUUCUAAAUGUGAGGAGACUCCUCUUCCCUCAAAGAGGCAUUUACUUGGUUGAAUACUCCCUGAGUACCUCACCUUUUGUAAGAAACAGAUACACCAAUGUUAAGAAUGAAAUCAGGUAUGAAGUUAACUGUUCAGGUGUCUAUGAACAGGCACCUUUGGAAAUUGGCAAGAGUCUGGAAAUAAGAAGGAGAGAAAUCAUCGACUUGGAUGAUGAAGAUGUCGUGGCAAUAACCAGUGAUUGUGACAUUUAUCAGACCCUAAGAAGGUACCAUCAAAAGCCUGUUUCAAGGGAGGAGAGAAGCUUCCCGAUAGCCUAUUCUUUGGUUGUUCAUAAAGACGCAAUUAUGGUUGAAAGACUAAUCCAUGCUAUAUACAAUGAGCACAAUAUUUACUGCAUCCAUUAUGACUAUAAGUCACCUGAUACCUUCAAAGUUGCCAUGAACAAUUUAGCUAAGUGCUUCUCCAAUGUUUUCAUUGCCUCCAAAAUAGAGACAGUACAAUAUGCCCACAUUUCCAGACUCCAAGCUGAUUUAAAUUGCUUGUCAGACCUCCUCAAAUCUUCGGUUCAGUGGAAAUAUGUUAUCAAUCUGUGUGGGCAAGAUUUUCCUUUGAAGUCAAACUUCGAAUUAGUGUCAGAGCUGAAGAAGCUCAAUGGGGCAAAUAUGUUAGAAACGGUAAAACCCCCUAACAGUAAAAUGGAAAGAUUCACUUACCACCAUGAACUAAGACAGGUGCCUUACGAAUAUGUGAAGCUACCAAUAAGGACAAACAUCUCCAAGGAAGCCCCCCCUCAUAACAUUGAGAUAUUUGUUGGAAGUGCUUAUUUUGUUUUAAGUCGAGCGUUUGUUAAAUAUAUUUUCAACAACUCCCUCGUUAAGGACUUUUUUGCCUGGUCUAAAGAUACGUACUCACCUGAUGAACAUUUUUGGGCUACCUUAAUUCGGGUACCAGGAAUACCUGGGGAGAUUUCUAGGUCAGCCCAGGACGUGUCUGACUUACAGAGUAAGACCCGCCUUGUCAAAUGGAAUUAUCAUGAAGGCCUUUUGUAUCCACGUUGUACUGGCUCCCACCUUCGAAGUGUGUGUAUCUACGGAGCAGCGGAAUUAAGGUGGCUUAUAAAUGAUGGACAUUGGUUUGCUAAUAAAUUUGAUUCUAAGGUGGACCCUGUCUUGAUUAAAUGCCUGGCAGAAAAGCUUGAAGAACAGCAGAGAGAAUGGAUUACUUUGUCUUCAAAAAAGUUAUUCAUGGCUAAAAGUCCCAUAAUCACAUCAUGAUAAAAUCAUGACAGAAAGAAGCUAUCUGAUAAAUGGAGCUAAUAUGGAACUGUGUGCUAUACUAUGCCCACUACCACGUGAGCUUAACCUUCUCAUAGUUGGAGAGGUGUCCAAAAUUCCACACAUAAGGCAAAAUUACCUAGGCUUUGAUGACAAUAAGACUGCACUUGGUCGGGUGAUCUUUAUGUUUGUUUUUCCUUGUAAUCUUAUGGAGCUAAAUCAGAGAUCGAGUCAUAUGAUGCCCUCAAGGCUUACCCUAAUCACACUUAAUACUUUAAGUUUUCCACAUAGCCAUCAGGAUUCUACCGAAAAGGUGUUGGCGUGUGCGAUAAUCACAUAACUUUUUAAACCACCAGUUUCAGAGUACUGUUUAAGUGUAGUGACCAACUCUCCUCUUGUCUCUUAAUUCAGCUCCCUAGACUUUUCUUAACCUUUAGAAUAUUACCUGGAGAGGGGUACCUGGGUAGCUCAAUUGGUUGAGCGUCUGACUUUGGCUCAGGUCAAGAUCUCAUGGUUGGUUCAUGGGUUCGAACCCCUCUGUCAGUGCAGAGCCUGCUUGGGAUUCUCUCUCUCCCUCCCUCUGUCUCCCUGUCUCUCUGCCCCCUGCCCUGCUCAUGCUCUCUCUCUCAAAAGUAAAAAAUUAAAAUUAAAAAAAAAAAGAAUAUUAGAAGGAGAAACCACUACCUCAGGAAAGCUCAAAGAAUGUCCAGUUUCCUGUUUGCCAAAGCAUAAUUUACCUAUUAGUGCCUCACUCUUUCGAUUCGGAGUCGCAAGACUCUGUCAGUGGGGCAUUUAUAGUGUAUGAAUGUUGGGGAGGUUGGGUGGGGGGGAGGGGAUUGGGACAGGUGGUGCCUGAAGAGAAACAAGGGGAUUUGCAGGAUUUUUGCAUCAUCGUACACAACAAUUUCAUGAAUGGUUUCCUUUUUUUAGGUCAAUUAUUUCUUUAAAACACAUUUAUUGAUGAAAAAUAAGAACUUGGUUAGUAGUUCUAAAUGUCACACUCCUGAACGUUAAACCUAAGUCUUCUAGUUCAUAGAUUAUCAUUAAAAGUAUGUGUUUUUUUUUUACAGUGGAAUUGUUAUAAUUUUGUUUUAUGGAACCAUUAAGCUAAGAGCCACUGAAUUUUCUCAAAAAGGCUGUAUAAAAUAUGACAGCUUUCUAAAUCAACUGUUAUGGUCAUUUAAAAUUCUUGCUUACAUCUCCAAUAACUAUCCAAAUAGAAUCUAGACUUAAAAUGAUAAAACCUCUAAGUUCACUGAAGUCUUCUCAGCUUAGAUACAGAGAGAGAAAACGUUAAUUUUCUUAAGGACAUAGCAAGAAUUUUCACUAAUGGUAUUUUGUAAAACCUACUCCUUAGAAAACUACCACAACGAAUCAAAUAUACAUCUAUCUCAAUGUAGCUAUAUUGUGCUUGAGUUGAAAUGGGACAGGAGCAGAGUCCUGAGAACAGGCUGUAAUAUUUUUACGUCUCUUGGGAAAUCAUGGAGCUCAUGUAAAAAUUUCUUCCUGAUCUUAUGUUUCAAUGUCGGCUGCAAAAUCUAUGUAUUUAAAUAUUUUCUAAAAUGUCUGUGUUCUCCAUGUGAAAUGCACUUUGCUUGUUUUCAAGUAUAUAAUACUGACUGCCAAGCGGGAUCACUAUUCUCCCUUUCUUCUUCUCUGGAACUCAUUUUUCUUCCUCCCCCCCCCCCCCGCCCGACCUCCAAAUUACUUCAUUCUUCAGAAAACUGUGACCAAGCCCCUGUUCUUAAAAAUAAGUCACCCUUGGACAGAGCUAAGUUCUGCAGAAGAUACUUAACCAUUUGUUAGCAUGUGUGACUGUGAGAAGCUAAGUCACUUUCUAUGAGCCUCAGGUUUCCUGAUCUUUAAAGUGAACACUUGGAUGCUUACCCUGGCUUCCUCACGUGUGUGUGUGUGUGUGUGUGUGUGUGUGUGUGUGAAUCAACUGAAAUAUGUGAACUGGUUUGAAAAUGGAGACAAACUAUUGACAAUAAAUAUCAGAGGGUAGUCUUAUUAUAAGGCAAAACAGAGAUCCAAGCCCAUUGUGAAACUUAACCCUUUACCUUUUCUGGAAAACCUCUGAAAUAUAAAAGAAGCCACAUCUGCAGGAGCAACUUCUGUAAAUGAAUCCAGGUACAAAGAAACCCCUGUCACCACAUCUGGGGUUCUUUUUAAGCCAAUAUGAUUAGCAGAUUGAUCCCGUGUCUUGGAUGGAGGUUAGGGGUAGAACUGUUUUUCCUACCUUCUAGUCUUAAAUACACAAGUUCUCACAGACAGCUUGGUUUUUAUGGCUUUGGUCAUCAGAAUAAAUGUAAAGGCUGAAAACUCGAUCUCCUUGUCCCAUGUCUUGCCUCUUGGUGACAAAUGAUUCUAUCCCCUGUUUAUUGGGAAAUUUUCCAGUUGUUAAUCACUUUCACACCAUAUCCACAUGAAACAUGCCACCACAAAGAGAUGACAGCACCUUGUUUUCCCCAGUGACACAUUUCCCAUGAUUCAGUUCAACAUUUCAGGGGGCUUGUCUGGUCAUCUCUCUUGCCUUGGGAAUCCUACAGUUUCCUUAUAGGCCUUCAAACCUCCUUCAGACCUGAGUCUCCCCUAAAACCUUUUGGUAUGAUUUUUCCUGCUCUAGAGAAUGUUCUACAGUCUGUGUUUUAUAAUCAUUCUUUGCAUAGUAUUUAUUGAAUCUAGAUUCUAAGUUGUUUGGCAAUGAGACCAGGACUUGAAGUUUGUAAGUUGUAUUAGAUAUUAGAAAGAGCUACUAAAAUAUAUCUACAUUAUGUAAAUAAUCUACUCUAACAUUAUAAUAUUUAAAGAUCAAUGUUGCUGCUAUUUUUAAUGUUUUGGCUAUUCUAAGUAAAAAAAAAUAUAAGUAAAAAAAAAAAAUAUAUAUAUAUAUACACAUAUGUAUAUGUAUAUAUAUAUAUAUAAUGUUUAAAUUUGCAGAGUUAAAUAUGAAUAUUUCUCUUGCCUUCCAGAAUGUGAAUAUUAUACAUACAUAUAUAUAUAUAUUUUUUGACAUAUUUCCUUAAAACAAAAAGACAGUCUUCUUUGUGAAUGUAAAGUGAAUGUCCUAUGUGUAUGUUACAGCUGUUUGUGUUAUUGUUUUUUACCAUUUUUGAAAAGCAUAUUUCCCAUUCUGUGAGUUUUAAAUAGAUUGGUAUUGCAUUUUGGUAUUGUGCGGCUGGUAGAUGUUAAUUCUCUGGUAUUAUAAAAUAAAAAUGUGCUCCAAAAGCCGAA